CCCCUCCUCAUGCUCCUCAUCCUCCUCAUCCUCCCUCGAUCUCUUGUCGAUCUCAUCUCUCCUCUCCUCUCCCUCUUUCUACUCCCCGCCAACAUCGAAACAUUUGCCAUCAACUCUUCCCCUCUACACUCUCCCAGAGCCGCUACACUCUCUCAAGCAUUCUCACAAUCUCCACGCUCUUUUACUCCGUUCCCAGUUCCAUUCUCACCUUUCCUCCUCCCCGUUCCACUCGCAUUCUAGCGCGCCACCAAAUCUGAUCCCUUGCCGCCCCACCCUACUCCCGUCCCUGUCCUACUCCACCACCACCACCACCACCCUCCUCCACCACGGCCACCGACACGUUUCUUCUCUUCCGGUCUCCAUCAUCCUGUCGCCCAUUCUCCCAUGACAGACCCCCGUCAACGCGCGCCCUUUGCGCACGUCAGCUCCUCCAUCGAUCUCCGGGGUUACGCCGGUACUCCCCCAAACGCCUCUCCUCCUCGCUUCGGAAAUGCCCUCGGAGUGCAGGGCGGCCCGGGCUUCUUCGCGCCCCCGCCGCCCACUCAGCAGUCCGGGUUCGCGCGCGCCGCCAACGCUGCCGGCGCCGCUUUCGGCGGGCUCGGUCUUACUCGCAAGCCCAGCGAUCAGGGUAUCGACACCAGCAGCAGCACUAGUUCGUUCGGCGAUGCUUUCUCGAGGUUGCAGCAGACCGUUAACGGCCUCCUGAAUGGGAGUGAGGAAGGGAGAAACGUCCUCCCCUCCGUCCAGACCAUGCGCUUUGUCUUCCUCUGCAUGCUGUGGUACGCGUCCAGUGCAGUCUCGAGCAACACGGGCAAGGUCAUUCUCAACAACUUCAAGUUUCCCGUCACCCUCACAAUCGUGCAGUUUGCCUUCGUUGGCGUGCUUUGCUGGAUGGGCUCAAGCCCAUAUCUAAAGUGGACGACGCGUUUGCGGACCCCGACGCGCUCAAUCAUCCGUCACACCAUGCCCAUGGCCUUUUUCCAGGUUGGUGGACAUAUCUUUGGCUCGCUCGCCAUCUCGCGCGUCCCUGUGAGCACCGUGCACACUAUCAAGGCGCUCUCGCCGUGCUUCACCGUCGCGGCGUACGUCUUCCUCUUUGGCGUCAAGUACUCGCCCGCUACGUACCUCUCCCUCGUGCCACUCACGCUUGGCGUUAUGCUUGCGUGCUCGUUCGACAUAUCGUUCAACAACAUUGGUGGUCUCAUCUGCGCAUUUGGCUCUACGAUCAUCUUCGUGUCGCAGAACAUCUUUUUCAAAAAGGUCAUGCCGUCCCCUGGUUCGAGUGGGACGUCUGACUCGCCCCGCCUUGACAAGAUCAACCUGCUCUUCUUCUCCAGCGGCAUGGCCUUCCUUCUCAUGAUCCCCAUGUGGCUAUACUACGACGCCCCACGGCUUCUUGCAGUGUGGAUGGGCACUGCUGCACUGCCGCCGACGACAGGCGACGCCUCCGCUGCCAAGGUUCUCUUUACCUUCUUCGUGAACGGUACGGUCCACUUUGCCCAGAUCCUUAUCGCGUUCGCUCUCCUGGCGUCUACCUCGCCGGUCACCUACUCCAUCGCUUCGCUCAUCAAGCGCAUCGCUGUCAUCUGCCUGGCGAUUAUCUGGUUCAACCAGCCAGUCUACGCAGUUCAGGCAAUUGGGAUCUGCCUCACUGCCGUUGGGCUGUGGAUGUACAACGCCGCCAAGCGCGACGUCGACAAGGGAGAGAAGCGCAUGCGUCAAGUCGAGGCGCAGCGCGACGGCAUGCUGCCCACCACGCUUGCCGACACGCGCAUCCUCGAUGGCACAGCCACCCCAGACUACCAGCCGUUCACAUACGCAUCGGCUCCCGCUCCCGAAUUCCUCCACCCCCACCCACCAAAGGACCAUGCUUCUCCACGCCCCGUGUAUCACCAUCACUUUGAGCCUGUGGUCAAGACCACCGCUCGCCCCAUGUACCCCUAUCCGUCGCCACCAGCAAGUACAGCGUCCUCGCCACCACUGCCACCGCAGCGCGACGACCCCACCUCGCCCGUGUACGGUGCAUAGAUAUAGACCAUUUUGAUGGACCUUACAGGCUGGCGGCCCUGUCGUUUGUCGUUUCUACAUACAUCCUAGACCGGAGACCCCGGAUUGUCUGCACUAGAUGCCGCAGGCGUGUACAUGCAUUCGUUAGAAGGCCUUGAAG